CCUCCAGGCUCCCUUCCUGUGGCUUCUCCAGCUCUGCGCUUGCGCGGCUUUCCAUCGUCCUUCAUUUCGCCGGCCUGUCACCGGGGAAGGACGUUGGUGCUGAGGAAGAAUUGUCAACAUGUCUGCUCCCAUUUUGGCAAAACCACAGCUGCGAGGCCUUUUGGCUAAACGCUUGCGAAUUCAUAUCAUGGCAGCAUUUGCUCUGUCCUUGGGAUGUGCUACUAUGUAUAAGUUUGGAGUGGCUGAACCCAGGAAAAGGGCAUAUCAAGAUUUCUAUAGAAGGUAUGAUUCUCUGAAAGAUUUUGAAGAGAUGUAUCAAGCUGGUGUCUUUCAGUAUGGAAAAUAAUCACAAAAUAUACAGGUUCCAAUGGCUUGAGGUCCCAGGAUACUUAUCCCUUACCUAUUUUUCUUGUGCUAUAAUGUGUAACAUCCACACUGGCUGUGUUUAACUUGAGAAUAAACAGUUGAUGACCUAUAUGUGGUAACUUAAA